ACCCAUGCCAGUGAGAUGAGGCAGCACCCGCCCCAUCCCACCGCAUGUCUGGCGGCUGGCGUAAGGACGGCCGUGCGCUCAGCCUCCAGCAAUGCCCGGCCGCUGACUGCACUUUCCCAUGCAGGGACACGUGGCCCGGGGGGCGGCUCGGCAGCAGCGCGGGUGCCAUCCCCGCGCUCAUCCUGGCAGGGCGGGUGCCGGGGGAAGGGGGCGGCCCUUCCCGGAGCUUCGCACAUCCAUCCGGGCUGCCUUAACCUCCCUCCAGCGGGGCUCAGCUCCGGUCGCCUCUGCACCGCACGCCCGUGGGCGCCCGCGGGAACCCUGCGGUGGGGUACGAGCCCCGCAGCGGGGAUCCCUGCCGCGCUGCGUACUGCGGGGCGGGGCGGCAGGUGCAGGGCGGCGGGCCCGAAGCAGGCCGUGCAGGCGGCGGCGCAGGAGCUGGUGAGGUUCGUCAACCGCGGCCCCUCGCCCUACCACGUGGUGGCCGAGUGCCGCAGCCGCCUGCUGCAGGCCGGCUUCCAGGAGCUGAAGGAGACGGAGCGCUGGGACAUCCGCCCCUCCUGCAAGUACUUUGUCACCAGGAACUACUCCACACUCAUCGCCUUCGCCGUCGGGGGCCGCUUCCAGCCGGGGAAUGGGUUCAGCCUCCUCGGGGCGCACACCGACAGCCCCUGCCUCAGGGUGAAGCGACGCUCGAAGCGGGGGCAGGUGGGCACGGUGCAGGUCGGUGUGGAGACCUAUGGAGGGGGCAUCUGGAACACCUGGUUUGACCGUGACCUCACCGUGGCAGGAAGGGUGAUCGUGAAGGAGCCGAACACGGGGCGCCUGGAGCAGCGGCUGGUGUGCGUGGAACGGCCCAUUCUCCGCAUCCCCCAUCUGGCCAUCCAUCUGCAGCGCAGCAUCAAUGAGAACUUCGGACCCAACACCGAGCACCACCUGGUUCCCAUUCUGGCUACUGCCGUGCAGGAGGAGUUGGAAAAAGAGCCAGCCGUGGAUCGCACAGCUGGUGUUGCUGCAGCCCAGACAGAGCGGCACAGCCCUGUCCUUCUUUCCCUGCUCUGCUCCCAGCUGGGAGUGAAACCAGAGCAGAUUGUGGAGCUGGAACUAUGCCUGGCAGAUACGCAGCCAGCGACUCUUGGCGGUGCCUUUGAUGAGUUCAUCUUCUCCCCACGCCUGGACAACUUGCACAGCUGCUACUGUGCUCUGCAGGCGCUGAUCGACUCAUGCACAGUUCCCUCCCUCUCCCAGGAGCCCAAUGUGCGCCUCAUUGCACUCUAUGACAACGAGGAGGUAGGGUCAGAGAGUGCCCAGGGCGCCGAGUCCCUUCUGACAGAGCUGGUGCUGCGUCGAAUCUCAGCAUCACCACAAAACCUGACAGCCUUUGAGGAGGCGGUGGCCAAGUCCUACAUGAUCAGUGCUGACAUGGCCCAUGCAGUGCACCCUAACUAUGUGGACAAGCAUGAGGAGAAUCAUCGGCCAGCCUUCCACAAGGGCCCUGUCAUCAAAGUGAACAGCAAUCAGCGCUACGCCUCCACAGCUGUCACUGAGGCAGUCAUCCGGGACAUCGCGGCCCGUGUGGGUGUUCCUCUGCAGGAGUUCAUGGUACGCAAUGACACGCCGUGCGGCACCACCAUCGGCCCCAUUCUGGCCUCCCGCCUGGGGCUGCGUGUGCUGGACAUCGGCUGCCCGCAGCUGGCCAUGCACUCCAUCCGAGAGAUGUGCUGCACCUCGGGGGUGCUGCAGAGCAUCACUCUCUUCAAGGGCUUCUUUGAGCUCCUGCCUGUGGUCAGCAGCAGCCUGGUGGUCGACUGAGUGUGAUGGGAGAAAGGUUAUGGGGUUCGUCCCUGAUUAAAGCAUCUCUGUCUCA